AUGGGAAACGAAGUAUCAGCACAAAGAGUUACCUUUGGUUCACAUUCACCACGUCCACCAUACAAGCAAGUUCAACAAGAAGCCUCCCCGAACACAGAUGCUCCUUCCACCAACAAACGCAAACGUGAGGAUUCUGAAGAAGAUCACUCAAGUGAAAAUGUCAGCAAACACAGGAAAUUGCACCAAAAUGAGAAUAGUGGUCAUAGCACUCUCAAUUCUGAGUCUUUGAUAGUUAUCCUGAAAUGUGAUUCUUUAUCAUCACUUCAGACUGUAUCUCAACAGAAGGACCCCAUGAGAACAAAGAAAAAUAAAGAAGAAAACAACGCCCAUGCAGUUCUGAAUAGGUAUGUUAAAAGAGAACUGGAAUACAUAAACAGGGAGAAACAAAAGCGAAGACGCUUGAGAAAGCAACGGGAAAAAGCAAUGGCCAGCACACCUGGACGUGAUCCAAUUGGAACCCCAUCUUCGGCUGAUCUACAAGCCACCACCUCGACUGUUCCUCCGACUCAUUCAGUGCCUAUAGCUCCUGGUACGAAUCUAGAUUCUAAGAUCAAGGAGAAGCCCGAAAUUACAGUGAAGUCCGGAUUAAAAGCUUCCCCAGACACGAAUGCAUCAACAGGCUCUCCUGCCCAGAUCAAGGAUUAA